GGGGGGGAAGGGAGCUCCAGCCUCCGCCUCUCUGCGAAAAAGUUCCACCGUACGGUUGUAAAUACGGGAGUUUUGCUACGGACAAAAACAAAAAAAAUGCUUUCUUAAGUGAAAACCCGGUUGUUAUGCGGGAUAGAGCUCACGCUACGCGUUUGUACAAAACAAUUUCGGGGUUUUUGUGGAUUCUUUUGCUCGGUUUAGACAAGGAGAGAGGCGCUUCCGCGGAGGGAUAAAAGAGCAGCAAAAUGGGGAAAAUGACGCUGGUGGCGCUGCUGCUGGUCCUCCUGCCGACAGAGCUGCUGUCCAUUCAGGUGGUGAUUACGGAGACGGAGAGGACGACGAUGCUCUUUUCCUCUGUGAUCCUGCGGUGCGACUACACCACUUCGGCCAACCCUCAGGAGGUCCUGGUCACGUGGAGGUUCAAGUCCUUCUGUAAGGACCCGGUGCUGGAGUUUUACUCUGCAGCGUAUCAGGCAGCUCUGCAACUGGGUCAGAAUCCAGCUGACGACUGCCCAGACAGCCAGCGCACGGUGCGCACGGUGGUCCAAAAGAGAGGCAUCAACGAACCCAUGCUGGGGGCGGAGUACAGAAAUCGCAAAAUUACCAUCCAGAACUUGGCCAACCUGGUCAUAAACGAGGUGAUGUGGUGGGAUAACGGAAUGUAUUACUGCUCCGUCGAUGCUCCUGGGGACACAACCGGGGACUCGGACCGGGAGAUGAAGCUCAUCGUGCUCCACUGGCUCACCGUGCUGCUGAUCAUCAUGGGGGCUCUCCUGCUCAUCAUGCUCCUCUGCAUAUGCUGCUGUCAGUGCUGCCCGCAGAAGUGCUGCUGCUACGUCCGCUGCCCCUGCUGUCCUCAGACCUGCUGCUGUCCAGAGAAAGCUGUGAUGCAACACCGGAUGCUGAAAGAGGCUCAGAAGGCCAUGGCUCCCUGGAUGAACGGUCCGCCUAUUUACGCUCCCAUCAGCACCGCCGCUUCCAGCCAGGGUGUGCCCAUACUGUACUCAGGUUCCUACCAAGACUACCCAGACAAGCAAGACUUUGCCAUGGCUCCCAUGCACCUGCAGCCCCUGGCCCUGCCCCAGCAGCCCCCCCCUCCCCCGCAGCAUCACAUGAACAGCAGCAUGAGAGGCACCAAUCAGGUGCUGGACUACCUGGAAAACCAGGUCAGAGGGAUGGAUGUCGGGGCUCAUCAGAUGCAGAUGGCCCCCCCCGGAGUUCAGUACAUGCCCGCGUCUUAUUCCCACCUGCAGCCCCAGUCCACUCCCCCAGCGGUCCAGUACACUCCAGGGCCCCCCAGCAUGCUGUCGGCGCUGGACGACAUGGGGGUGAGGGGAGAAGAAAGAAGGGUGAUCACUCUGCCCCCGAUCAUCCAGCGGGGCCCCAGCUUCUCCUCACGCCGCCUCCCGGCCGGCGGGGAGGGAGCGAGGGCCGCGCCCCGGGUGUCCAGCCAGUCCAGCGGGAGCACCGGCCGCUCCGCGGGAGGCCUCCCCCGAGACGGCCGCAGGUACCGAGAAAGCCCGCCCCCCCGCCGGGGGAUCUUGCGUGAUUACAGCGAGGACUCGGACUGGGAGCGCAGGCGGGGAAGAGCCCCGCACGGCAGCUCCAGGAACGAGAGGGCGGGCUCCGGCGGGAGGAGGGCAGGAAGCGGCGCCAGGCCGCGCGCCCGCAGCCGCGACCACCUGAUGGAGGAGCUGCACAGCAGGGCAGCCCGCAGGGAGAGGAGCUACUCACCCCCCCAGCGCCGCGGGGGGGCCUGGAGCUCCGAUGAGGAAGACAGCAGGAGGAAAAAAGCAGACAAAGGGAAGAGCUGGCCAGAGAAACCCCCCAGCUACUACUCCAUCGAACCUGAGCGCAGUUUAGGACGCAGGAACUACAACCGACUCUCUGCGGGCUUACCCCAUAGCGGAAGUGAACCUGCCAAUGUCACAGGCUCCUGGAUCAGCUGUCAGGCCAUCCCAGUUGGAGAAAAUCGAUACGAGCGCCGGGCUGUUGGCUACAGAGGUGCAUCCUAUGAAAACAGAAGUCAGGAGAACAGCAGCUAUUCGCAUUUUCCAGGCAGCAUGAGCUCCCUCCCAGGAAGAGCCGCCCUGUCUGUGUGCAGACGCGCGGCCGCGGGCGGGCUGAGGGCCCUGGCCCCCGGCCCCGGUCACCCGGCGGUGGGGGGGCCCCUGCCCGCCGACAGGGCCGCCCGGGGCUGCCACUCCGAUGCCGCCCGCAAGGGCAGCGUGUACACCAAGAAGCGGGGCUACGACAUCACCAGGAAUCCCCAUCUCAACAAGGGAAUGGCUUUCACCCUGGAGGAACGCCUCCAGCUGGGCAUCCACGGCCUGCUGCCCCCCUGCUUCCUCUCCCAGGACGUGCAAGUGCUGCGUGUCAUGAAGAGCUACGAAACGCGCUCCAACCCUCUGGACAAGUACAUCCUGCUCAUGACGCUGCAGGACAGGAACGAGAAGCUCUUCUACCGCGUGCUGACCUCCGACAUCGAGGAGUUCAUGCCCAUCGUGUACACCCCCACCGUGGGGCUGGCCUGCCAGCAGUAUGGCCACGCCUUCAGGAGACCACGAGGGCUGUUCAUCACCAUCCACGACCGAGGGCACAUCGCCACCAUGCUCAACUCCUGGCCCGAAGAGGACAUCAAGGCCAUCGUGGUGACGGACGGGGAGCGCAUCCUGGGACUGGGCGACCUGGGCAGCUACGGGAUGGGCAUCCCCGUGGGGAAGCUGGCGCUGUACACGGCCUGCGGCGGGGUGCGGCCGCAGCAGUGCCUGCCCGUGCUCCUGGACGCGCUGCUGGAUGACCCUUUGUACAUCGGGCUGAAGCACAAAAGAAUCAGGGGGAAGGAGUACGACGAGCUCAUCGACGAGUUCAUGCAGGCGGUGACGGACAAGUACGGGAUGAGCUGCCUCAUCCAGUUUGAGGACUUCGCCAACAGCAACGCGUUCCGCAUCCUGAACAAGUACAGGAAUCGAUACUGCACUUUCAAUGACGACAUCCAAGGCACGGCCUCGGUAGCGGUCGCUGGGAUCUUGGCUUCUCUGAGAAUCACCAAGAACAAACUGUCGGAUCACACGUUUGUCUUCCAGGGGGCGGGCGAGGCUGCUCUGGGGAUCGCCCACCUUCUGAUCAUGGCCAUGGCCAAGGAGGGGCUGAGCAGGGAGCAGGCUGCCAAGAGGAUCUGGAUGGUGGAUUCAAAAGGCCUCAUUGUGAAGGGGAGAAGCCACCUGAACCACGAGAAGCAGGAGUUUGCUCACGAACACCCACACCUGAAGACACUGGAGGAGGCGGUGCAGACCAUUAAACCCACCGCCAUCAUCGGCGUGGCCGCGAUUGGUGGAGCCUUCACCGAGAAGAUCAUCAAAGACAUGGCGUCUUUCAACGAGAGGCCCAUCAUCUUCGCCCUCAGCAAUCCCACCAGCAAGGCCGAGUGCACGGCGGAGCAAUGCUACACGCUCACAGAGGGAAGGGGCGUCUUUGCCAGCGGGAGUCCGUUCAGCAAGGUGACGCUGGCCGAUGGCCGCACCUUCUACCCCGGCCAGGGGAACAACGCCUACGUCUUCCCCGGGGUGGCUCUGGGCGUCAUAGCCUGCGGGGUGCGCCACGUGUCCGAAGACAUCUUCCUCACCACCGCAGAGGCCAUAGCCGACAUGGUGACGGAGGAGCACCUGGCCGAAGGAAGACUCUAUCCUCCUCUAAACACCAUAAGGGAGGUGUCUUUCAAGAUUGCGGUGAAGAUUAUCAACCAUGCCUACAAGCACAACAUCGCGUCAGUGUACCCCGAGCCCAAAGACAAGGAGUCCUUCGUGCUGUCUCACAUCUACAGCCCCGAUUACGACUCCUUCACUCUGGACACGUACAGCUGGCCGCAGGACGCCAUGAAUGUCCAGGACGUGUGACAUCUCCCCCGGCUACCGCUCGGGACAUUCUGCAGAUGAUUUUUGUUUCCUUUUUUGGGGUUCUUUUCAGUUUUUCAUACAUGCCAGUGAACAUCAGUCAUUUUAAAUUCAAUCGUGUUUCUGUUCCCUCUUACAUGCUGUGUUUUUGUUUGAGUUUCAGGGGAUUGUUUUUACAACCCAGCAGCAUAUCAGAUAUCAUGGACAUACAGCUUAGAUUACUUAGAUUAUCCCCCUUUGCUAAAAAGUUGUGGUUAUUCAGACUAUGGUUAGUGUACUGAUUUCACAUUUUGAGACAAAAGAAACUGAAGACUCAUUUGAGCUCUUAAUCUGUACUCUCUGUGCCUCUAUCCACUCCACUCUACAAGCUACAAGCUGAAACACCUGUCCGUCAUACCCGACACAUCUGUAUCUUCUUUAUAUUUUACACUCCAGUCCACGUGUGCACGUGCUGUCAUUUAACCUCCGCUCUGGAUCCACUUCUGUUCCCAAAUCUGGCUCUCUGUCGUGAAAACGCUGCUUUCUUCGAUGUGUUUAGAGAAGGUUUUCCUAGAUCUUUGGAAGUGAGCAUCCAGAUGUUGUGCACACAGUGGUGUUUCUUGCUUGUAGGUUUGUACAGAGCUGCGUUUGUUGUGUUUUGUUUUUUUUGCUAAAGUUUCUGCUGAACUGUAUCUUAUAUAUUUCACUCCGAGAGAACACGAUGCUCUGCAGGCUUUAGCACUGAGAGAUAUGCCUGAAGUUUUCAAAGGGAACAUGUUACUUUUUAAAUAAAACUCUUUAAAAAAAACAAAAAA